AUGACAGAAACCUUCUCUCCAGUAGCACCCCUCGGAGCGAUCAGAGCCAUCUUAGCACUAGCAGUGCAGAACAACUGGGAGGUACAUGCUCUGGACAUCACUAUGGCUUACUUGAACUCCACGUUAAAGGAAGCAAUCUACAUGAAGCCGCCAGGAGGAUCAGGAGUAGCACCCGGCAAGGUGUACAAGGUAGUCAAGGGCCUAUAUGGCCUAAAGCAGUCUGGGCGAGAAUGGAAUCAGGAGUUUGACAGGUCUUUGCGACGCAUGGGAUUCUUCCAGGUAGAGUGCGCUCCCUGCAUCUACACCAAGGGACAGGGUGAAGAUAUGGCCAUUGUGGUCAUCUACGUCGAUGAUACACUAGUCAUAGCACCACAGCUGGAAACGGUCCUAAAGGUUAAGAAGCAGAUUGGUCAGAGAUGGAAGAUGGAAGAUAGUGGUGAGGUCUCUCACUUCUUGGGCAUCAAAAUCAGUCGAAACCGUGCGAUGCGCACCAUGACGAUUGGUCAGUCAGGGUACAUCGACCAAGUGCUGGCAAAGCACUUGGACAAACGCACGAAGCCGACCAUGGUUCCAAUGCAGAGCAUACCGGAGGGAACCCUUGUCGCAAGCGCAGCACAACAGAAGGAGUAUCCGGUGAUUGUUGGCAAGCUGCUCUGGGUCGCCAACAGCACCCGGCCCGACCUUAGUCUCACCGUGGGUGUUCUCGCUAGGCACAUGCGUGAACCAUCGCAGGAGCAUUAUCAGGCAGCACAAAGGGUCUUACGCUACCUCGAAAGCACAAGGCAGGUUGGGUUGGUUUAUAGGGCAAGUGAGUCGCAAGAGCCACUGGUUGCACACAGCGAUGCAAACUGGGCAAGCGAUGCCACCAUACAGAGAAGAAGCACAUCGGGGUCAGUGGCGUUAGUGUACGGGAACUUAGUAGCCUGGAAGUCAGCGACACAAAAAUGCGUGUCAUUGUCUGCUGUCGAGGCAGAGUUCAUUGCAGCCACGGAAGCAACACGUGAGGUGCUCUUCCUCAAGCAGCUACUACGCUCAAUUGGCAUUGCCACAGGCACACCGACGGUCUACUCGGACAACACUGGUUGCAUACAGGUUAGUAAGGACCCAGCACAGCACUGGAAGCUUAAGCACAUCGACACCAAGUAUCACUUCGUCCGUAACAACGUACAAGAGGGAAGGGUGCAGAUCAAGUACGUAGACACCACAAGAAACUUGGCAGAUGUACUCACGAAACCCAUUGGGAGGCAGGCAAUGCAGCAAGCAAGAUCUGGGCUACACCUGCAAAUACCGGCAGCAGUGUACGGAACGGGGUCCCCGAGCUAUGCAACAGUGUUGAAGAACGGAGGUCACACCUUGAAGCAACAGCAUAAUGAACAGGGUACAUAUGCUGUUGAGGGGGGGAGUUGA